AUGGCUGCAUAUGAAGUGAAGGUUUCAGGGAUCGAAAAAUUUGAUGGCACGGAUUUUGGUUAUUGGAGGAUACAGAUAGAGGCCUACAUCUAUGGGAAGAAACUUAAUCUUCCGUUAUUAGGAAAAAGACCUGAAAGGGUGGAUGAGGCUGAAUGGACUUUGUUGGAUCGACAAGUUAUGGGGAUUAUUCGAUUGAACCUAUCGAGGUCCGUUGCACACAUCAUCGUCAAAAAAAGGAUGAUUGCAGAUCUCAGGCACCUUAUCAGGCCGGCUGGGGGGGCAGUGAUACGGGUGAGCUCCGUUGGCUAUGAGGUGUUCCUGCUGCUCCUACAGUUUCUCUACAGCGGCCAAGUUUCGAUCCAGUUGCAGAAGCAUGAGCCUCGCCCCAACUGCGGCGAUCAUGGUUGCUGGCACACACACUGCACCGCGGCUGUCGACCUAGCCCUCGACACCCUCGCCGCCGCUCGCUCCUUUGGAAUCGACCAACUUGCCUUCCUCACCCAGAAGCAACUUGAAAUCAUGGUGGAGAAAUCCUCUAUUGAAGACGUGAUGAAAGUCUUAAUGGCUGCCCGCAAACAAGAAAUGCACCAACUCUGGUCCACCUGCUCCCAUCUCGUCGCCAAUUCCGGCCUACCACCCGAAAGCCUUGCCAAACACCUCCCACUCGACAUCGUUGCCAAGCUCGAAGAUCUCCGGCGCCUACCCUUUUCCUCCUCCCACAUUCCCUCAACUUGCCCCGACCACCAUCACCACAAAAUCUACCGCAUGCGCCGCGCCCUCCACUCCUCUGACGUCGAACUCGUCAAACUCAUGGUCAUGGGAGAAGGCCUAAACCUCGACGACGCCCUCGCUCUCCACUACGCCGUCGAGCACUGCAACCGUGAGGUCGUCAAAGCUCUCCUCGAACUGGGAACUGCCGACGUUAACUUCCCCGCAGGACCAAACGGACGAACUCCCCUCCACAUCGCCGCCCGGCUUGUCAGCCCCGACAUGGUCGCCGUUCUUCUCGACCACCACGCCGAUCCCAACGCCCGGACGCUCGACGGCGUGACCCCGCUCGAUAUCCUCCGAUCCCUGACGUCUGAUUUUCUUUUCAAAGGUGCUCUACCGGGCAUCGACAUUGCGCAUUUCGAGCCCAACAAGCUCAGGCUAUGCCUCGAGCUCGUGCAAUCCGCCGUCAUCGUUGCGUCGAGAGAGGAAGCAGCCUCCGUGUAUUUGAAUUUAGGCGUGGCGGCGACUGUACCGGCAGAGAUGGGAUAUAAGGUAGAUCAUAGUGGUGAUCAAUUAGAUGGACGGAGUAGGAGGUCCACGACCAUUCAAGGUGGAGGUGGUAUUACUCGACCUACUUCUUGUUUCCCUUCUUCUAUUAUUUAUUCUCCUCAUCAUGAAUUCCCAUGA